AUGUUGAUUCACGUAGAUGAUCGGCAAUUGCUGCUAAUAUUGUGGCGAUUCUCACAAGAAGAAGCAGUCAACACCUAUCGCUUAAAUACUGUCACAUAUGGAACUUGCUCGGCACCAUUUGCAGCGACUCGGUGCUUACAACAAUUGGCGAUCGAGAACGAGGAACGGUAUCCAGAAGCCUCUAAUGUAAUUAAAACGGACUUCUACAUGGACGACGUAUUGACAGGACAUGAUGACCCGGAAAGGUUGAUUCAAACAAAGAACGAGAUGAGCACGAUUCUGAAGAGUGCAGGUUUUGAGCUACAUAAAUGGAAAGCUAACGAUCCUUCAAUAGUACCUGACGAUGGGAGCACUUCAAUAGUGAAAAUUCUGGGAAUGUUUUGGGAUACAAGAGCUGAUAUGUUUGGAUUUCGAGCAGACAUAAAUAUGAGCGCAAGAACUACAAAACGAAACGUAUUGUCAGAGGUGCAAAAAAUUUUCGAUCCUCUAGGGAUUAUAAGUCCGAUCGUUCUACAUGGCAAAUUAACAAUGCAAGACAUUUGGUCGGUAAAGCUAGAAUGGGAUCAAGAACUUCCAGAACAAAUUAAGAAUCAAUGGAAAUGGUUCUGUAAGCAGGUGGAAGAAAUUAACAAAAUCUCUAUUCCUAGAUACGUACACAGCAAAGGUUGCUUGGUAGAACUUCACGGAUUCGCAGACGCAGCCAAACGUGCUUAUGGUGCGGUUAUUUACGUAAGAACGGCCAAUGAAGAAGGUAUCAAUAUCAGGCUGUUGUGCUCAAAAUCCCGAAUCGCACCAAGCAGUAAAAAGACGAACACAGAAGACACAACCAUCCCACGCAUGGAGCUACGAGCGGCAACUUUGCUGGUAGAACACAUGGCUAAAGCCAAGGAAGCACUUGCGAUCGAAGUACACGGGAUCUAUUACUGGACUGACUCGAUGGUCACAUUAGAUUGGAUCUCCAAUCCGACAAAGAAAAGGCCAACCUUCAUCAGCAAUCGCGUUAGGAAGAUAAAUGAUCAAAGGAGAACCCAGCAGAUCUUAUAUCCCGGGGAACGUCUACACAAAAGCUAG